AGGGCAAAAGGGCUGCGCUAUGGCGGGAGGGCGGCGGCUCCAGUGCAAGGCCGAGAAUCCCGAGUGUGCGCUGAGCAAUGGCAGCAGCGUCCUGCUCCUCGGUGCUAUGCCGCUCCUCCGCUGCGACGUUUGCUGCGCGGAGCCGGGAUUUUGCCCCCAAUGCAAGUGCAUCCUGUGCAGCCGCGCCAUCGCGGAGGGGCAGGACGAGUGGAUCCAGUGCCUCCAGAGGGUGAGCGCCAGCGGCGGCUACUGCGGCCACUCCGUGCAUCUCGAGUGCGCGAUCCAGUGCCGAUUGGCGGGAGUGGUGGUGGAGAGCGGGCUGGAUGUGGAGUAUCUGUGCCGGAGGUGUGACAGGACCACGGAUUUGCUGUCCCGCGUCUCUCUUCUCGUCCAGGCGGUGGCGGCGGCUCCCAGCAAGCAGCUGGCCGAGGGGAAUGCCAAGCUCGCGUCCAGGCUUGUCACCAACACUCGUCGUGCCGGGCUCAAGAGGCUCGAGACGCUCGUCAGCACCAUUCUCGUCAAGGCCGAGAAUGGUGACGACAUACAAGCCGUUUUGACGCGGAUGUGUAACGAUCCAUGCAAUGGAAACUCGAAUCACGUCGAUUCUGGAGCUCCAGGCGAGGCUAGCAACUCGGAGCGAGAUCCAGAGCCCGAGCGUGGAGACAAGAUGGAUUUGGCUGUUCCGGCAGAAGAAGCUAUGGCGGUUGAUACUUCCUCGGCUCCUCCGGCUCCUUCACCCUUGGACGAAGAUGGUGCCGUUUGUGCACUCUCCAAAGCUCUCGUCCUCACUCCACAGCCUGGCGAGGUCGUCCCCCCGGCGAACUCCUUGAUCCCGCAGUACCAGUUAGAGAUUGAUCGCGCGCUGGAAGGCCUCAAGCGCGCUCAAGAGCAAGAGUACGCGACCGCCAGGGAGAAGCUGACGAAACAGAUGGAUCGCAUCCUGAAGCAGUACCAGCAACUGGAAUCCGACAAGUCGCUGCUGCCGCCACCGUCCAACUCGUCCAAGCAAUCGCUGGAGAGCUACGACGCCUUCAUGGAGAGGGCGCUCCAGCAACUUUCCGGCCUGAAGAAGGACCGCGACGAGUUUGAGGCGAUGCUACGCAUCAGCCAGGGAUUCGGACGUGUGCCCAAGGAGUUACUACGCAGCUCUUUCAACUGGCCCGACUAGGCGGCCACGUGGCGUCCACGGUGGCCGGGUGGUGCGUCGUCUUCUUUCAGCGAGCACACAAAGCCCAGGCGCAAGGCACAGGGAAAGCGAGAGAAAGCAAAGCAGGGCCAGGGAAGAGGCGGAACUACAUCCUUUUUCCAUGCAUUGUUCUAGCGUAGUAGCAGCCAAGGUUAGCGCAAGUGACGGUCGAGGAGGUGCUAGC